CAUAUGUAGACCGACUUCAAGGGUCCUGGCGUCUGUCUCGUGCAACAGCUUCAGAGGAAUAAACAUCCCGCCGCCCCUGAUGACAGUCCUGCGCAUAUAACACCCAGGAGUCCAUGUCUCAAAUUAACCUGAAGGGAGCCAUCAUGAUGAACGAUGCCAGUGAGAUGUUGGCCGCGGCCCUGGAGCAGAUGGACGGAAUAAUAGCAGGCUCCAAGGCCAUAGACUACUCCAACGGGCUGUUUGACUGCCAGUCCCCGACGUCGCCCUUCAUAAGCAGCCUGCGGGCGCUGCACCUGCUGGAGGACCUUCGGGGGGCGCUGGACAUGAUGGACGGCGACGAGAGGGACAGCCUGCGCUGCCAGGUGUCCGACAACACCGCUGAGGUGCUCACAGACUGGCUCCAGGGACGCAUGACCAAUGGCCACAGCUCUGUGGGAGGAGAUCUGGCCUAUCAGGAGCGUCUCAGUCGGCUCGAGAGCGAUAAGGAAUGCCUAGUCCUCCAGGUGAGCGUUCUGACGGAUCAGGUGGAGGUGCAGGGGGAGAAAAUAAGGGACUUGGAGAUGUGUCUGGAGGAACACAGAGAGAAGCUCAAUGCAACAGAAGACAUGCUCCAGCAGGAGCUGGUAGGCCGAUCCACCCUGGAGACGCAGAAACUGGAGUUGAUGACUGAAGUGUCUAGCCUGAAACUGAAAUUGACCGCCGUGGAGAGAGACCGCAGAGAAACCGAGGCUCUGCAGCAGGAGGUCAACGACCUCCGUGUUCGGAUAGUGGACAUGGAGAACGAGAGGAUACAGCAGGAGAAGAAGCUGGUGGCCACCAAAGAUGAGUUGGUGGCCAUUCAGAGACAGCUGGGGAAGAAGGAUACGGAGCUGAGAGGCCUGCAUGGGCAGGGGCAGGAAGAGGUCACGGCACCAAACGCUGGCCUGGAUGUGGAUAGAGAUAUGGAGGUUCAGAGAAUGAGAAAAGCAAUGGAGUCUGUGAUUGAAGCGAAUGCUGAAAAGGAUCGUAAAAUUGAGGAGCUGCAGCAGUCCCUGAUGCACUUCAAGAAGGUUCAGGAGAUGGUGCUGCCAGUGGAGGAGACGAGGGAGAAAACCAAGGAAGACGCCAGCACGGGAAGCCUGGGAGAUAUCGCAGCUACCGUCGCCAUAGAAACGGACACAUCCUCACCCGUAGGUGUGGAGGAGACUGAUGAGCCGCAGUUGAUUCCCUGUACAGAGCUGCUGGAGUCUGAGUUGGCGUGUUUGGCUACAGCCAAGUCUACCACCAUCCCAGCAGAGCUCGCCAAGACAGCCGCGAAUACACAGAGCUCAUCGGAGGUUUCUCUGUCAAAGACCUCAGAUCAGGUUACCAAGGCAGAAGAGGACCAACGGCUAAAGGACGCUUCAGCAUCUAGGCCGAGCGCUGCGGAGGGAGAGAGCUUUGGCUCCAAGAAAGCUCGGUCCUCCUUCGGAAGAGGAUUCUUCAAGAUCCGAGGAGGGAAGAGGACUGCGAGCGCCCCUAACUUAGACCGUAGUUGGAGUGCGAGUGCCCCUUCGCUAGCGGAGAGCGAGCGCAAGGGGACGGAGCACCUGGACUUGGCAGGGGCACCGGCGACGCGCAGGGCACAGGCGGACAGAGAGGCCGCCCACCAGGCAGCGACCGCAUCAGGAGAUGCCAAGAAGAAGCCCAAGGGACUCAGGAAGCUAUUUGGAAGACUGCGGAGGAGUCACUCCACCUCGUUCAACCUGGAUGAUGCUGCGGAGGGAGAGUUCAGGAGGGGAGGGGUCCGAGCCACCGCUGGCCCCCGCCUGGGCUGGUCACGAGACCUGCAGCACGGCGGCAGUGAGCUGGACACCCCGUUUGGGCGCUGGAGUGGUGAGCAGGUGUGUGGCUGGCUGCAGGAGCAGGGCCUCGGCAUCUACCUGGCUCAGGCGCACCACUGGAUCCAGUCGGGACAGACGCUACUGCAGGCUUCCCAACACGACCUGGAGAAGGAGUUGGGUAUCCGCCACCCUCUUCACCGGAAGAAGCUGCAGCUAGCUCUUCAAGCGCUGGGCUCUGAGGAGGAUGAUGCCAAGGGCAAGCUGGACUACAACUGGGUGACCAGGUGGCUGGAUGACAUUGGCCUGCCUCAGUACAAGUCUAACUUCGAUGAGGGCCGAGUGGACGGACGCAUGCUCCAUUAUAUGACCGUGGAUGACCUGCUGGGUCUGAAGGUGGGCAGUGUGCUGCAUCACCUGAGCAUCAAGAGGGCCAUCCAGGUGCUCCGCCUCAACUGCUACGAGGCCAACUGCCUCCGCCGACGACCCUCUGACGAGAGCAACAUCACGCCAGCAGAGAUCUGCCAGUGGACCAACCACCGGGUGAUGGAGUGGCUGCGCUCGGUGGACCUGGCGGAGUACGCACCCAACCUCAGGGGCAGCGGCGUCCACGGAGGACUCAUGGUCCUGGAGCCUCGCUUCAACGUGGAGACCCUCGCACUGCUCCUCAACAUCCCGCCCAGCAAGACACUGCUCAGGCGUCACCUGGCAACCCACUUCCACCUCCUGAUUGGCCCCGAGGCCCAGCGUCUCAAGCAGGAGUGCCUGGAGAACCCCGACUACACGCUGCUCACCGCCACAGCCAAAGUCAAGCCCAGGAGGUUGUCGUUCGGCAGCUUUGGCACGCUGCGGCGUAAGCGCCAGGAGGAGAGUGAGGAGUACCUGUGCCCCAUGGACGUGGAGAUGCCCCAGAGCAGCAGCUUCCACCGCGGCCUCAGGAUGACCUACGAGGACGACCUGGACCAGCUGGAGCAGAUGGAUGACUCAGAGGGAACUGUGAAACAAAUAGGGGCUUUUUCAGAAGAAAUAAACAAUCUCACGAGUAUGCUAAAGGAGGAGGUGUUUUUCAGAGAGGGCUCACCCGAUGCCAGUGCCACUGACGAAGAUAUAUGAGUUUAAACCGCAACACUAUUCUCUUGCUGUGUGGACCAACACACAAAAUGCACGACCCAGUCCCAGCUCGAUCCUGGACACCAGCUCAAACUAUGGUAUUGCUGUGCGCCAAUACAGUAUGCAACGACUUACUCCCAUCUCCUAUACCACUAAGCCAAGAACAGAAACUUCAUGUGACCUACAGUACAUGAGUGUGAGGCAGUGUUUCAAUUCUGUCAUAGUACUGUGCCUUGGAGCACAUUUGUUUCAGAAUGUAUAAGUGUGAUAUCAGUACUUGAACUGAUGCUGGGAUUGUCAUCCACUUUCUUGAGACAAUGUCUCCGUUAUGAAGACAAUCUUAUUGACCACUUUGCUGUCCUUAUCUUAUAGGCGAAUACUAUUACUUAAACAGCACUGAGUGGUCAGUGAUUCAGUGCCAAAUUUCGACCAUUGUUCCUCAUUUAUUCUUUAGCAAUUAAGUGCCUUUGGUUAAUGGAAAUCCAGUCAAACAUGUAUAUUAUAGUCUAGUAAACGUGGCCAAAUAAAAAGUGACCCCUGCUUUUGUAGUUUUAUAACAUUGUCUUUUUGUUUACCGCAAGUCAUCCAUGUUUCUGUAAGAGUGUUACGCGCUUUGUCGGCAAAGAGUUUCGUUUUUUUAAUUUGACAUUUGACAGAAUGGUUUGAUAUUAGACAUUCAAGUUUGCAGAAUUAUGUUUUCCCCUUCCUCUAUUGCACACUAAAAUACAUUUAGACAAAAAAUGAAGAAAAAGGUAUUGAUUUUGAAAACAAAAGCUCUUGACCUCAAUCUCUGCAUCUCAUAUCAUUCUUGGAAUGUCCUUUCUUUUUCCCCCUCAACUUUCUAACCUUUUCUUAGGUCUCCUCAGUACGUUGUCAUGUCACUCAGUUACUGUUAUACGAGAGCCCCAGAGUAUUAAUGAUGGAUUAUGAUAGAUUUCAUGACACGACACGACACAUUAUGGUCGAAUCCACUCAUCCAACUUCGCUUCUACGGUAGAAACCGCCAUCCAUGGACUAUGAUGUGAACUCUGCAUUGCCAAUUUAUCGUUUGAUAUCUUACUAUAUCAGUCUAAGCUAUAUGUACUGUGUACUGUUUAAUAAGUCAAUAAAGUACUUUCAAAACAAUUGUAA